UCGGAAAACGGGUGGUGGUAAACAUAACUCCGUGUUCCUGUUUACGUCUGCUUGAAAUUUCGGGACAGAGAAGACGACAGUGACGGUGCAGCCCUGAUCCGCGCCGUUACACACGUUUAAAGUGGUAUUUUGCAGUAAAAGUUGCAGCUCUGCGCCUGCGCCUCUCCUGUCGUUAGACAGGCCGUUUCAAUGCAUUACAGAGAGCCGUUAUCACCGCGGAGAUGGACGCAAGUGACCUGUUCUCGAGCUGCAGAAAGGGCGACGUUGCCAGAGUGAGAUACCUGGUCGAACAGAGAGAUGUGGAACUGAACAUAAGAGAUAACUGGGACAGUACACCUCUGUACUACGCAUGCCUUUGUGGACAUGAGGAGUUGGUGCAGUAUUUAUUGGCCAACGGAGCGAAGUGUGAAGCGAACACGUUCGACGGCGAGCGAUGUCUGUACGGCGCACUGAGCGACUCCAUACGCCGCCUGCUCAAGGAGUACAAGCGCAUCACAGCUAAAACCAUGCAUCGGGAUUACUAUGAGCAGUUCCUGCAGACGCUGCUGGAGCAGGGCUCGUACUCUGACGUGACCUUCAUGGUGCACGGCGAGAUGUUCCGCACACACCGCUGUGUCCUCAGCGCUCGCUGCGAAUACUUCGCCCACAUGCUGGAGACUAAGUGGAAGGACAAGACUAUGAUCGCUCUCAAACAUCCACUGGUGAACCCGGCCGCGUUCGCCGCCAUCUUGCAGUACUUCUACACAGGCCGGCUGGACAUCGACGUGAGUUACGUGGAGGACUGCAAGCGUCUGGCUAAGCAGUGCAAGAUCAGCGAGCUCAUCGAGGAGCUGGAGGUCAAGUGCAAGCAGGUGCAGGAGUUCGUGUCCAACAAGCCGGGGACGUGCGUGAAGGUGCUCACUCUGGAUCCUCACCACUGGCAGCUGCAGGACGGCAUGGCUCUGUUAGCUGACAGCGCUCUCCCCGCCGAUCUGAGGGUUGGAUACGGGCAGCUUCCUUUUGAUUUGACUGACAGUUUUCCGAGCUACCCUGACAUCUGCUUUCGGGUGGACGGUUAUGACUUCCUGUGUCAUAAGGUAUUUUUCUGUUGCCGUAGCGAUUACUUCAAGGCAUUAGUGGAAGAUCAUUUCAGUGAAGGAGAAACCCUGCAGUCUCACCCUGAAGUUCCUGUCAUCACCCUACAUGAUGUAUCUCACGAGCUGUUCACCAAAAUCCUCUACUACAUCUACAGUGAUAACACACAGCUGUCCCACGAUAGCGUGUAUGAAGUUUUAUGUGUAGCAGACAUGUACCUGCUGCCGGGUCUGAAGCGCCUGUGCGGCCGCACACUGGCCGCGCUGCUGAGCGAGGAAAACGUUCUGCACAUGUGGAAGACGGCCAAACUGUUCAGCCUGUCGCGCCUCGAGGACCAGUGCACAGAGUACAUGGCCAAGAUCAUCGAGAGGCUGGUGGAAAGGCAAGAGUUUGCAGAGCUGAUCCAAGAGGAUGCAGAGAACGUGGCUGCACGCCAGGAGACGGACUCCAUCCCGCUGGUGGACGACAUCCGCUACCAUAUCAGCAGCGACGUUCAGACGUACAGCGCCAUCGAGGAGGCCAAUCAGAAACUGCACGCCCUCGAGCUCCUGCUCAAUUACAUCGGCCUGGACUGCUGAGCACGCACGCAGAUGUGUAGUAUAACACGGUGUGAUGUUACGGUUUUAUUUACACUUUCUGUGCACCGCUGAAACGUUCGGUUUUAGAACAACAGCCUGCUGUCCAACAUUAACGCGCUUUAAUAUCCACUCACGCCGAGCGGAGCUUAAAGCUUUAAGUAAGAUUACUUAUUGUUUUUACUUUAGAUUAGAUUCUGUUCUUAUUAACCUGAACAAGAAACGCUCAAAUAUUAUUUAGUGCAUCAAUACAGUUACAGUGAGGUGAAGUGCAGGCUGCAGAUUAACUGCUAAAAUAUUAACACUUAAGAUCAUUUAAGCAGUUUAGGAGCCAAAUUGCUUUAACGCAUCAUGUCUGUAUUCGUCGUGUCGGACUUUACAAGCCUGUGGUCGUACGGAUAGGAAAAAAAAAUGCACGCAAAAUAAACUGAACACAAUUUUGAGCAAAUUAAUCAUUUUAAGUAACGAUAUCUCCUGCUCCAAAUGAAUACAUCAACACGUAAAUAUACAAACCACAGGAAUCAUGAAAAUUAAAGUUAACCAACAGCUAAUUAUGUUGGAUUCAUUAAUUAAGGAUUCUGAAUCUGCAGUCUUGAAGUAAACAGCGUAAUAUAAUAAUGUGACGCAAAAGUGCUUCGUUUACUUCAUGAGCGAUUUUAUAAAAGAUAGAAAGGCAGGUUUUUCGUUAAAGGACUUAAAGUGUGUUAUUAGUUAAACAUACAGAUUACAUUUAUUUUAAAGGCACUUAGGUGAUUGUAUAAAUACACAAAGCAUGCACAUGUGUGUGGAGCUUAUGUAACGCACCAGUCAGUAAUGAGUGACAGCUGAUCAGUGAUAACCAGCAGUUUUAAGCUCACUCACUACUAAUACUAGCAAUAUUCAGACAAUUUAAAAUGCACCCGUUUGAUCGGCUCUAACAGGAACGUGCUUUAACACGAUAACGUUACGACUGCUUUUUGUCCUUCGUUAUUAACAUUACGAGGUCAUUUAUAUGAAAUGUAAACAACGUUAAGAGUAAAAUGUUAGCUUCUGAUGUUUUUAAAUCGUACCCGUUAAAGAGAGGUUGACGUGUUUCAGUGAGCUCUAUAUACAGAUUGAAAAUAAAAAAAGAAACGAAGAGACGGAUUCGUGACACACUUUCAGCAUCGUCUCUACUGAUCACCGUUAUUGUGUGUGUUAUCUGUGAUUAUGACACAUAAAGUUACAGAUCUCACACUUCUGUAUGUUGUUACCUGUCUCAGGUGUGUUAGAAUCUGGACAGAGCAAAAGCAUUGGAUUGGAUUUGGACUGUUUUUUUUUGUUUGUUUUUUAAAGUCCAUUUUGAGACCUUAGAAUUAUAAGGUUCUAAAACUAUUUCCUCACGAAUGAGUCCCUGUAAUAUUAAUUAUUCAUCGAAUAUAUUAUUUACAUUCUGCUAAAUAUUUACAAGUGGCGAAUGUGUUGAAUUCUUUAUUCUGAAUUCUGAUUGGUCAAAAGGUCGACGGACCUUAGGGAACGAUCGUGUCUUGAAUCUGGUCAAAUUGAUCUACUUUUUUUAAAUUAAUACAAUUACAGUAAAGCAAAUAUAAGAUUAUUUCUAGUAUUAUACUAUUUUUAAGCUUUUGAUUAUUUUUUUUCCUCCAUUAUUUUACAAAUUAUUAUUAUAUAAGUAUUUUAUAUAUCAGAAGUUAAUGUUUAAAUGUAGCUUUAAACUAAGUUAAAAAAUAUUACAAUAUCAAUUAAGCUUAGAAAUAGGCUUAGCUUUGUUUUAUAAUCUUAGCUUUGUUUUAUUGUAAUCAUAUAAAAAGAAAUAGGAUUUAUUGUUUUUUGUCAAUAUCGAAUAUGCUAAUAACUUAAUAAGAUUUUCUUUUGCAGUCUGAUGCAGGUUAUAAUCCGAAUCACAGGUUCACGUCAACGCCAGCGUUUUCGUUUUUGCCGUUUCUUCUACCACACAAAAAAAAAAAAAAAACAUCAAUAUGAAGAGGUUUUUUUAUAAGGAGUUUAUGAAAGGAGUGUUCUGUGUAAUAAUGUCCAUAAAACACUUUUAUUUGAAAAUAAUCAAUAUAUUAAAAUCACUCCUUCACAAUCGGUUCCUUAACCGACACGAUUUACAUGAACCUUAUAAGCCCAAGGUCUUGUUGUAUUAAGCUGUACAACAGUUUUAUAUCUGAGAUGUUUAUCUGGGUCUGGUGCUAAGCUUUUCUUUUACUUUAGUGGUUUUAUUAUUAUUAUUAUUAUUAUUAUUAUUUGCUUCUUUUUUUUUGUUUGUUUUAUAGUGCUUCAGUUUCACUGUGUGAUGAUCUCGAAGAAACAGGAGCAUGAAGAAUGAAAUUCACACUCUCAUCUCUCAUCAUGUCUUUUUUAAAUAAGCUUUAAACUGGGGGCAUUGAGUGUUGCUGAUGUUGCCCACGAAUAAAAAAUAAGAACCACCAGUUUAGUCUUGUAUAAAAUGCAUGAAACGUCACGCACUUUCCUCAAAAAUGCAAUUUAAUUAAAUGUUUAAUGAAAUAGCAUGAGAUUAAUAGUUUGAUUGAUUACAUGCUUAUUUAUUAACUAAAACAUAUAAGUCUGUUUAUAUAUGCAGCGCUAAUCUGCUAUUACCUCUCUCUAGUUUUUAAUGACGUUAGCCUUUUAGCUGUAAUAAAUCUGCCUUGUUUGAUCUACUACAGUGGAAAGAAUAACAGUGUGUAAAGUCAAUUCUUCACUAAACGCUUUCUCAAAGUC